AUGUCUGGUCUCACGAUUGAGGAGCUGGAGCGACGACUGGAUGGGCUUCAGAAGGUGAAGGUGUUUGACGAGAGAGUGAGGGGCGGCGUGGAGCGUCUGCUUGCGUCGACGCCUAAUUUCGAGGAGGAGCGGGAUCCCGAGACGAAGGUCCGGCUGCUUUUUUUGAGGUGCAAGGCGCUCACCCUGCUGCCGUCUUACUCCAGGGAGGCGGAGCAGGCCUGUGGUGCCGCGCUGAAGCUUCGCCACGAUAGACCAGAUCUGUGGGUACUCCUCAGUGAGUGUCUUGCUCGCCGCAAUGCGACUCGCGAAGCAUGUGAUGCCUUGGACAACGCCCUGCACAUUGAUGCUCACAAUGUAGAAGCCUUGUGCCAGUACAGCCGGCUUCUAAGAACGCUUUCCAGCGACUCCAAGCUGACACAGACGGAACGGCUACAACACUUGAAUGACUCCGUGGCGCGUGGUAAGGCGGCGGCUGCUGCCUGCCCCACAAGUACGGACGCUUGGAACUGCUAUUCAAUUGCUUUGCUUUCGAAGGCUCUUUCAAGCGGUGUUGACAUCGCUGGGGCGAAACAGGCCUUACAGGCUAUGCGACAAGCUGCACGGCUCUCCCCAGAGGACCCUGAUGUGCGGUUUAACAAGGGUGGCAUUGAGGGCCUUUUGGGCCAUUUUGGCAACGCGGCAUGUGACUUCCUUGCAGCGUACGAGGCGGAUAAAACGCGAUUGAAAGGGACGAAGCAAAUGCUCGAGAAUCACCUCACCGUUCUUCGACGAGCAGAGUCACGCAUACAUACUGCACGCCAGGCAGGGAAGCGAAACUUCGCCUCGCUGCUUGCCAAGCUGCCCUCAUCCCCUGAUGCCGUAGCGGUAAAAAGUGUUUUGGAGGGUUCAGCCACGGCCCCAUGUCGCGUAACUGUUGGGGCAGUGGAUGUUCUAAGUGAACCGACAAUGGAGCCGACGGUGCUGCUUGCAGCUGAGAAAUCGGGCGAAUUUUUAUUACUUUUGCUUUACGGGUUAAGGCAAGGAUCGGUGAAGGGCAACAAUACCACCAUUUCCUUGUCAUUCCCAGACAGCACUCCGGUUCGUGUCACGCACGAGGUCCCCGAUAUUUCCUUCUUGGAGACUAGUGCCCACACGGCCACGUACACGCAGGUCUUUGUUGAUCUCAAGACCACGCUCAUUAAUGGCCAGCCGGUUCCCUCGCGCAUGCUUGUCUCCCCCACCCUCUUCUCGACCAUGUUUGUGUGA